UUUUUUUUAAGGAAGUGAGGCAAAGCCGCGCCCGCGAACGCACAUAAACACACAGAGACAACCUCACACACUUGCUGUAACUCGUCUCCCUUUGCAGUAAUGACUUCUGUUACUCGGUGGCAUCAGCUGCUCCUGCUCCUGUGUUGCCUACAGACCGUCCUGUCGCAGAAAGACGAAAGAGGCCUCACUGGAACGGAGACAAACAAUGGGGUGUGGGUCAGCUCCCAAGCCAAAGAAGUCCUCAGCAGUAGCCUCACGACCAUCUUCCUCCCGAUCAUCUACAUCAUCGUGUUUGCUGUGGGGCUGCCCACCAACGCCUUGGCGAUCUGGGUGUUCCUCUUCCGCACCAAGGAGAAGCACCCGUCCUCCAUCUACAUGGCCAACCUGGCCCUGGCCGACCUGCUCUUCGUCAUCUGGGUCCCCCUAAAAAUCGCCUACCACUUUAAUGGCAACAACUGGAUCUACGGAGAGGGUCUGUGCAAAGUGCUGGUGGCGUUUUUCUACGCCAACAUGUACUGCUCCAUCGCCUUCAUCGCCUGCAUAAGUGUUCAGCGUUACUGGGCCGUGGUCAACCCGCUGUCCCUCCAUCAGAGGAACAACCGUGUAGCUGUGUGCGUCUCCGUCGCAGUGUGGGUGGUGGUCUGGCUGCUCACCAUCCCUCUGUACCUCUACGACCAACAGGUCCGUGUCACCGAUCUCAACAUCUUCACAUGCCAUGAUGUCACCAAGCCCAGUCAGAAGGAAAUAGCUGCAGGCUACUUCCUGACAAUGGGCAUAGUGGGGUUUGUGGCUCCCACCGUUGUGUGCAUCAUCUCCUACGUCCUUAUGCUCAAGGCGCUCAGGAACAGCAUGAAGGACGAAAACAUCGCCAAGAAGCGACGAAAGGCCGUGGUCUUGAUCAUCACAGUGUUGGUUAUGUUCUUAGUGUGUUUCACUCCCAGUAACAUAAUGCUGCUGGUGCACUACAUCCUGCUGCUGGGCGGGGCAACCGACAACCUGUACGGAUUCUACAUCACCACCCUGUGCUUGGCGAGCCUCAACAGCUGCUUCGACCCCUUUGUGUACUACUUCAUCUCCGAGGACUUCCGGGACCAUGUGAAGAACACGUUCCUGUGCAGGAGUGAGAGGACGGUGGAGAGGAUGAGGGUCUCCUUCAGCGCUCUGAAGUACUCGAAGAAGAGCAACACGUACACGUCCGACUCACGGAACACGCAGAGCACUGAAUCUAAGGCCAAAGGACGGGGGUUCAUCGGGGUUAUAGACCCUGAAAACUCUGGACAAGUUGUUGUGGACCGCGCCACUGCAGAGACGUUGAAGAGUCCCCUCACCACAGUCUUUCUCCCAAUCAUCUACAUCAUCGUAUUUUUGGUGGGACUUCCUGCCAACGGCAUGGCACUCUGGGUCUUCCUCUUCAGGACCAAAAAGAAGCACCCGUCAUCAAUUUACAUGGCCAACCUGGCACUGGCUGACCUGCUCUUUGUCAUUUGGACGCCCCUAAAAAUCGCCUACCACCUAAACGGCAACGACUGGACCUAUGGAGAGCCGCUGUGCAAAGUCCUUGUGAGCUUCUUCUACGGUAACAUGUACUGCUCCAUUCUGUUCAUCACUUGUCUCAGUGUGCAGAGGUGCUGGGUUGUGGCUCACCCUCUGUCCCAGCAGAGCAAGAACACCAACGUGGCUGUUGGCGUGUGUGUCUCCAUCUGGGCUUUCAUCUGGCUCACCACCACCCCUCUGUACCUGUAUGACCACACUGUCAAGCUCAAAGACCCGAACAUCACCACCUGCCAUGACGUCAACGUCAUAGAAGACCUAGAAAAUCCAUUCCCCUCUGUCCAGCUCCCGUUCUACUACUUCACCUUCAUGGCCGUCGUUGUGUUCCUCAUCCCUUGUGUAGUGAUCGUUGUGGCCUAUAUUCUGUUACUCAGAGCUCUUGGGAACAGCAUGGAGGAAAGUACGGCAGCAAAGAACCGACACAGAGCCGUGGUGUUGAUCGUGACCGUCCUGGUGACAUUCAUGGUGUGUUUCAUCCCCAGUAACAUCAUGCUGGUGGUGCAUUACGCUCUACUGAAGAAUGGAGUGAUAAAUAAUGGUUACGGCUUCUACAUCUCCACAUUAUGCCUGGCCAGUCUCAACAGCUGCCUGGACCCGUUCAUCUACUACUUUGUGUCUGAGGACUUCAGGAACCACGUGAAGAACACUCUGCUGUGCCGCAGCAGCAGGACUGUGGAGAGGAUGAGAGUUUCAUUCAGCUCCAUGAAAUACUCCAGGAAGAGCAAGUCAUAUGUGUCAGACACAGGGGACACAAAGAGCAGCACAUGUUAGCCAGAUAAAGCAGAGAUAUCGUGCCUGUGCUUGCACUGUAGUGUUCAGAUAACAUGGCAUCACACAGGCAGUGAGGCACUGGGACACAUUCUAUAAAGAUAAGGCCGGUCAGUUGCAACCAGUUAACCUCGAGGCAUCUCAUAUCCAGAUGUGAACAUGACUACUGGAAUGAAUGCGAUUCAUUUUAAGAUGUGUGUUACUUCAUUAUGAACAGAUGUUUGGUUUUAAAAUGUGAAACUUUUAUGCAUAUUGUUAUAUUUUGUGUAUAUGUAAAGAUAGAAAGGGCCUUUUUAAGGCCUGACUUGGCUGCACAGAUAAAUGUGGGUUUCCUAAGAUUUUCACUGCACUGAAGAACAUUUACAAACAAUGUCUGAUAUAAGAGCCAAACUGAACUGAUUUGUGCAGCAGAUCAGUUGUGUCUUAUUUUAUGUCAGUCAGACUUUGGUCAAAUUAUUUAGCACCAUUCCUGCAGCAAGUUUUAACGUAACUUUUACUUUUAAACCACCUCUUUCUGAGGUGUUUAUCUAAUUUAAAGUUUUAAUGCGCCAAGGAAAAUGGUGUAAUUGUUGUAUAGUUUCUUAAAUAAAUGAUUGAAACAACA